AAAAAGGAGGCACCGGAGGAUCCGGGCGCUGUUUUGAAUGGGCAGAGGAUUCAGACCCUGUGAUCAUCGAGUUUAAGUUGCCGAGUGCAGGUGCCAGGUGUGUGUCUGUGUAGCCACACAGAACUUCAGCUCUCCUGCUCACCCGCACACCAUCCUGCAACAUGGCGGCUUCGGUGAAGGUGGCGGUGAGGGUCCGACCCUUCAACUCCAGAGAGAUAGGGAAGGACAGCAAGUGCAUCAUUCAGAUGUCAGGAAACACCACAACGAUCCUGAACCCCAAACAGCCGAAAGAGAACAAGAGCUUCAACUUUGACUAUUCUUACUGGUCACACACCACGCCCGAGGACAUCAGCUUCGCCUCCCAGGAGCAGGUGUACAAGGACAUCGGGGUGGAGAUGCUGCAUCAUGCCUUCGAAGGCUACAACGUGUGUAUAUUUGCGUACGGCCAGACGGGAGCGGGCAAAAGCUACACCAUGAUGGGUCGACAGGAGCAGGACGAGCAGGGAAUCAUACCUCUGCUGUGUGAAGACCUUUUCACCAAGAUCAAUUGCAGCAAUAACGACAACAACAUGGGUUACUCAGUGGAGGUGAGUUACAUGGAGAUCUACUGCGAGCGUGUGCGCGACCUGCUGAAUCCCAAGAACAAAGCGAACCUGCGAGUCCGAGAGCACCCUCUGAUGGGACCCUACGUUGAAGAUCUGUCCAAACUAGCCGUCACCUCAUUCAACGACAUCCAGGACCUGAUGGAGUCUGGAAACAAGGCCAGGACCGUGGCUGCUACCAACAUGAACGAAUCCAGCAGCCGCUCCCACGCCGUCUUCAACAUCAUCUUCACGCAGAAGAAACACGACAUGGAUUCGGAGAACACUUCAGAAAAGGUCAGUAAGAUCAGCCUGGUGGACUUGGCCGGCAGCGAGAGAGCCGACUCCACCGGAGCUAAAGGAACCAGACUCAAGGAGGGAUCUAACAUCAACAAAUCCCUGACUACACUGGGCAAAGUUAUUUCUGCUCUGGCUGAUCAGGAAUCAGCACCAAACAAGAACAAGAAAAAGAAGAAGGUGGAGUGUUUCAUUCCCUACAGAGACUCAGUUCUGACUUGGCUGCUGAGGGAGAACUUGGGAGGAAACUCUCGUACAGCCAUGGUGGCUGCCCUCAGCCCCGCAGACAUUAACUACGAUGAGACUCUCAGUACCCUUCGGUACGCUGAUCGAGCCAAACAGAUCCGCUGUAACGCCGUGAUCAACGAGGACCCCAACAACCGCCUGGUGCGUGAGCUGAAAGAGGAGGUGGCUCGCCUCAGAGACCUGCUGCUGUCCCAGGGCCUCGGAGACAUCAUAGAGACGUAUCGCUGCAACAGCCCCGUCGUCGCUGGUUUGAAAUACCUGUGCGAUUACAAGAACUUUGAGAAUAAUCGCCAGGCUGUCAAUCAAAGGGGUGAUCUCUCCGCAGUGUCCAAUGUCAUGACAGGAAUGAGUCCCUCCCCCCCGCUCUUGGUCCUGUCCAGUCGCGUCGGGUCCCUCGCCAACCUGCACGACCGCAUCUUCAGCCCGGCCAGUGAAGAGGCCAUCGAGAGGCUCAAGGAAACCGAGAAAAUCAUCGCAGAGCUCAAUGUGACUUGGGAGGAGAAGCUGCGACGUACCGAGGCCAUCCGCAUGGAAAGAGAGGCCCUGCUGGCUGAAAUGGGUGUUGCCAUGAGAGAAGAUGGAGGCACUGUGGGCGUCUUCUCCCCGAAAAAGACGCCUCAUCUGGUGAAUUUGAACGAAGACCCGCUGAUGUCAGAGUGUCUGCUGUAUUACAUCAAAGACGGCACCACCAAGGUUGGCCAUGAAAAUGCAAAGUCUCGCCAGGACAUUGUUCUCAGUGGCCAUUUCAUCAAAGAUGAACACUGCACCUUCAGCAGCACCACGGGUCCUGAGGGAGAAGGAUGUGUCAUCCUGGAGCCGUGUGAAGGCUCAGAGACGUACGUCAACGGGAAGCUCGUCAGCUCUCCCAUUGUUCUGCGAUCCGGGCACCGCAUCAUCAUGGGAAAGAACCACGUGUUCCGCUUCACGGACCCGGAGCAGGCUCGCCUGGAGCGGGAGAAGACGCCGUGCGCCGAGACGCCGGUGGAGCCCGUGGACUGGGCCUUCGCCCAGAGGGAGCUGCUGGAGAAACAGGGCAUCGACAUGAAGCAGGAGAUGGAGCAGAGGCUUCAGGAGCUGGAAGAUCAGUACCGCAAGGAAAGAGAAGAAGCCAGUAACCUGCUGGAACAACAGAGACUGGACUAUGAGAGUAAACUGGAGGCUCUUCAGAAACAAGUGGACUCCCGGUAUCUGGAUUCUCCUGAGGAAGAAGAGGAACCUGAAGAGGAAGUGGUGUGGAUGCUGCGUGAGACCGAGUUGGCUCUGUGGGCUUUCAGGAAGUGGCGUUUCUACCAGUUCACCUCUCUCAGGGAUCUGCUUUGGGGCAACGCCAUCUUCCUCAAAGAGGCCAAUGCCAUCAGCGUGGAGCUCAAGAAAAAGGUUCAGUUCCAGUUCGUCUUGUUGACAGACACUCUGUACUCCCCCCUGCCCCCCGACCUGCUGCCCUCGAGCGUAGCCAAAGAGAGGGAGAGGCGACCUUUCCCUCAAACCAUUGUCGCUGUGGAAGUACAAGACCAGAAGAACGGAGCCACACAUUACUGGACUCUGGAGAAACUCAGGCAGAGGCUGGACCUGAUGAGGGAAAUGUACGACCGCGCUGCAGAGCUCCCCAGCAGCGCCAUGGAGGACUGUGACCAAGCCCUGACCGGAGGAGACCCCUUCUACGACCGCUUCCCCUGGUUCCGUCUUGUCGGCAGGGCUUUUGUGUACUUGAGUAACCUGCUGUACCCGGUGCCGCUGGUGCACCGCGUGGCCAUCGUCAGUGAGAAAGGAGAGGUGAAAGGCUUCCUCAGAGUGGCUGUGCAGGCCAUCUCAGCUGAUGAGGAGGCCCCUGAUUACGGCUCUGGUGUGAGGCAGUCAGGCACUGCCAAGAUCUCCUUUGAAGACAAGCAGUUUGAGAAGUUCCAGACCGAGUCGUGUCCCGGUGGCCUCUCCCCAUCCAACACCUUCCACGAGGAGCUGCGAUUCGUGGAGGGCGAAGGAGAGAGCUCAGAGAUAGGAAUCUCUGCCGAUGAAGUCAACAACAACAACUGUCCAGCCGUGGUAGAGGCUCCCCGCAGCCCGGUGAAGAGUUCAGGUCUGGGUCUGGAUCUUCCUCUGGACCUCUCCCCGGAGAAAGCGCUGUCCCACCUGAAGAUCGGCAGCACCUUCACCUUUAGAGUCACCGUCUUGCAGGCCUCCAGCAUCUCAGCCGAGUACGCCGACAUCUUCUGCCAGUUCAACUUCAUCCACCGGCACGACGAAGCUUUCUCCACUGAGCCGCUGAAGAACACGGGCAGAGGACCUCCGCUCGGCUUCUACCACGUUCAGAAUAUCACAGUGGAGGUGACAAAGUCCUUCGUGGAGUACAUCAAGACUCAGCCCAUCGUCUUCGAGGUGUUUGGCCACUAUCAGAAACAGCCUUUCCCUCCGCUCUGCAAAGACCUGAUCAGUCCGCUGCGGCCCUCUAGGAGGCAGUUCCCCCGGGUGAUGCCCUUAUCCAAACCAGUGCCGGCCACAAAGCUCAGCACUCUGACCCGCUCCACCGCCGGACCGUGUCACGCCAAAUACGACCUCAUGGUCUUCUUUGAGAUCUGUGAGCUGGAAGCUAACGGAGACUACAUCCCAGCUGUUGUUGACCACAGAGGCGGGAUGCCCUGUCACGGCACGUUCCUCUUACAUCAGGGCAUCCAGAGGAGGAUCAACGUCACCAUCGCUCAUGAAACAGGAAAUGAUAUUGAUUGGAAAGAGGUGAAGGAGCUGGUCAUUGGCCGUAUCCGAAACACACCGGAGGCUGAUGAGACCAUCAUCGACCCCAACAUCCUUUCCCUCAACAUCCUGUCUUCUGGAUACUUCUGGCCCAAACACAACGACAACAUCUCCUUGGGAGUUGAUCAUAGAACUUUCUACCGGUUUGAGGCAGCGUGGGACAGCUCCAUGCACAACUCUCUGCUUCUGAACAGAGUCACUCCCUACGGGGAGAAGAUCUACCUCACCCUCUCUGCCUAUGUAGAGAUGGAGAACUGCACUCAGUCAACAGUGAUCACCAAAGACUUCUGCAUGGUGUUUUAUUCCCGUGAUGUGAAGCUGCCGGCCUCUCACUCCAUCAGAAACCUCUUCACCACCGGCUGCCUCCGGCCCUCUGAGAGUAACCGUGUCACUGGAGUCUACGAAGUCAUUCUUUGCCAUGUGGCGGACAAUGGAAGUCCAGGCAUGCAGCGUCGUCGCAGGCGUGUGCUGGAUACCUCUGUGGCAUACGUCCGAGGAGAGGAGAACCUGGCGGGAUGGAGGCCUCGCAGCGACAGCCUCAUCCUGGACCACCAGUGGGAGCUGGAGAAACUCAGUUUACUGCAGGAGGUGGAGAAGACCCGGCACUACCUGCUGCUGAGGGAGAAGCUGGAGGCGACUCUGCUGGCGGGACAGGAUGCGCUCUACAAGAGCAGCGACAUCAUCGAUUUUGCAAAGAGUCCCGUCCUCAGCCACAGCCACAGCCCCGGCAGCGGCUCCGCCCUCGACAGCCCCACCCAGAGGCAGAGGGAGCUGGCUGCCAAGUGUCUGCGUCUGCUAAUGCACACCUUCAACAGGGAGUACAGCCAGGUGAGCAGCAGUGCCAGUGAGAGCAAGCUUUCGGAGAUGUCUGCAUCGCUAAUGAGCGACUGCUCCUCGCCUGGACUGAGCACGCUCACUCCAUCCUCCACCUGCCCCUCACUGGUCGAGGGAAAUUAUGACAUUAGACACACUGAACCCAGCUCAGGAGCGUCCACACCAGACCUGGACCCGUACAGCCCCGUGGACCGGAAGAAAGCUCUGAGAGGGUGCACCUUUGUCCCUGAAAUACAGGAGAUACGUGUCAGCCCCAUCGUGUCAAAGAAGGGUUACCUGCACUUCCUGGAGCCCCACACCAGCGGCUGGGUGAAGCGCUACGUGGUGGUGCGGCGGCCCUACGUCUACCUGUACCGCAACGAGAGGGACAACGUGGAGAGAGCUGUCAUCAACCUGUCGUCUGCCAAGGUGGAAUACAGCGAGGACAAACAGACCCUACUGCGGACACCCAACACGUUUGCUGUGUGCACUGAGCAUCGUGGGAUACUGCUGCAGGCCACCAACGACAAAGAGAUGCACGACUGGCUGUACGCUUUUAACCCUCUGUUAGCCGGCACCAUCAGGUCAAAGCUCUCCCGGAGAAAGUCGGUCCAGUCGGUCCGGUCGGUCCCGUCUGCGAUGAGGAUGUGAGAGGUGAACCGGCCUGGUGGAAGACAACAAACAUACAAAACAAUACAAUCUAAAGGCUCAACUCAGAAUCCUGCUCUAAUGAACAUAGGCCAUAUAAACAAACUUAUACAUAAACCACCUAAAUAACCCGCUAUGUGACAACUGUCCCACUCGAUCGCUCAUCCCUAAAUCCAAACAAACUGUCUUUUCUCUCUUUUUUAAGUCGCCACCUUAAAACCCUGCAUGGUGUGCUCCCUCCUGACCUUUAGAAGAAACAUAAGACAAACUAACUACCCAGACCUGUUAAUACACCUGGUGGGCGUUGGGACUCGUUUUCAUCAGCUUUUAUGUAUACCUCUGUUGUCUGUAAGCCAGUUCCCUGUAGAGAGUGUGUGUGUGGUCAGUCCCUCCUUGAUUCCUAGUAACUGAAAACAAGUCCCAUUUUAAAUCAGCCAUUCAUUUAUUUUCAAUGAGGGGGGAAUUGCCAACAUCAAAUGGGACGUUUGGCUUUCGAGAGUUGUGUAAAGUGCAGCGGUGAUCGCUCCAUACAACCAUCAUACAGUGUACAUUACCUCAGUUUGGAUUGGCUGUGUGCUCGACACAGCAUAGAGUGUGUGUUGCACUGCACAGGUUUCAGAGAGCAAACAGAUCAGUCAUUUUAACCUUGAAGUAGCGUGAAGGAUUUGUUCAGACAAAAUGGUACUUUGUUGUUCCGGUGUCGUCAUUUCUUUAACUGAUUCCAAAUUAAGGCAGAUUAAGGAAAAAAUAAUCCAUUAUCAGGAGGAAAAAUUUAUUCUCGUUAUCUGCUUCUUUUUUUGUUGUUAUUUAUAAUCCCUUGUUCGUAGAACCACGAUGGAGAAGUUUAUUUAUUGUUGCUAUAGUAGGUUUUCCUGCACUGUUAUUUAUUUGUGACAGGACUACUGACCCGUUUUGUUGCAUGGCACUUUAUUAUCUGUAUUGAGUUUAUGUAUUGUAUCAUUUACUCAGUUAUUUUGACCAAAGCUAUUUUUUUAUUUCCUUGUAAAUCGUUGUCCAAUGGGCUGCUGUGUUCGCAAAUAUUUAGGAUGUUAGAGAAAUAGUUUGCUAUAUUGGGUAAAUAUUCUUUGCUUUCUUGCCGAGAGUGAGAUGAGAAGAUUAAUACAACUGAAUGAUACAGGUACUGUGAUAAUAUAUCAAGGUAUUCGGUGUAAAAUAUUAAGAUACAAACCUAUUGCACUAAAAACGUAUCAAUUAAACCUAAAUUAACCCACGAUGUGUUACAUGAUGAAUAGGCUACUCCAGGAGGACAGCUGUUCUGUAUGUGGCUAGUUUAAAGGUACAGUGUGUGGCAUUUAGGGGGAUCCGUCAGAUAUGGAAAAUAAUAUUAAUUAUAAUAAUAAUAAGUAUGUUUCCUUUAUUGUAUAAUCACUUGAAAAUAGGAACUGUUGUGUUUUUGUUACCUUGGAAUGAGCCUAUUAUGUCUACAUAUGGAGAAGGCCCUCUUCAUGCAGUCCGCUAAAUUGGACCGCCAUGUUUCUACAGUAGCCUCGAAGGGACAAACCAAACUCAAGCUUCGGGUUUUUUUCGCGUUUUUCACGUUUUUUGUUGUUGCUGUGGCCACCACAAUUAGAACACUUGGCACACGGGAGACGUUCCAGUUGGUUGAAAUCUGCAACCUCACCGCUAGAUGCUGCCAAAUCCUCCCCACUGGCCCUCCACCUGUAAUCAAAUAAGCACUUAUUCUGUCUGUCAUGGGCCAGCAGAGUCGCCACAGUAAACACGUUUACAAUUUAAGUCUCAUCUAGUAGCGAAACGGAAAGUUGUAAUUGACCAGGGACCUGAAAUCUGUUGAAGGUUGCUUUGAGUGGGCAAAAGCGUUGUCCAUGCACCAGAUAGUGCCUCCCUUUUUUUUCCCACCUCUGUUUCUUCUCUCCCUACCUGCGUCGUCUUUAACAUCUAAAGUUAGCUACACGUGUCCGAGAUUAACUUUUAUUUAGAGUAAAAGUAGAUGCUGUGAAUCUUUUUUUUAUAUCGAUGAUCUGUGUCAAUGUUUUGAAGAGUGAAUAUUAUCAAUGAUGCUAUAGAGUACGUUGGUAUCGCCUGUAAUAGCACAGCGUAUACAUCUCAUUAUCAUCUGUAAAUGUUGCAUUUAAAAGCAAUCCCCCUCUUAGCUUCUGUACUGUAGCUGCUCGUCUAGCUAGUUGACAGCGUGGUGCUUGUGUCAGGAACCAGUAGAGGACGACCAGCUUGGUGUUGUUAUGACUUCAAUCUCCAGGGACGGUUUCUAGAUGCUUUUACACACUGUGUGUUAUUUUGCAUGAUACCAAGAUGACCCCAAAUGUUGUUUUGAGAUCAAUGUUAUUUUCAGGAAAAAGGUUAUAAAAAAUGGAGAGAACCUUUAAGGGCAACAUCAUUUAGAUUUUCUAUUGUAUAUUUUGCAUUUAAAAAAGAUAUUUUCUGCACCUUCUUCUUUCGUAACUCAAAGACGUGGUCAGCCAACCAUUUCGUCUCUCUCUCUUCUUUCUUGUCUGAUAAUUUUAUUAUUAUUAAUAAAACCUGAUUUAUAAUCAGAUUACUGAACGUAUUCAGGACUGAACGCCACAGGCCAACCAACCUGUUGAGCAACGCAUCCUAAUACUCAUACAACCUGAUAAAAAUGUGACUAAUAAAAGGUCAUAUUUCACAUUUUACUUUGUUGCUUCGUAGGGUUUCUUUGAUUUUGAAAAUGAUAGACUGUGGGAUUACACAACUUAUUUUUGGGUCAUUUUGGUAUAAUCAACUUUGUUGCUUAUAGAUACCUAUAUAUAAAUAAAUUAAUAUAUAUAUACACACACACACUGUAUGUUGUCUGCUGAAACAGAAGACACAUGGUAAAGUUUUAUUUAUAAAGAUUAGAAGAAUGGAUUCAUUAUGGUCUUAAAGUAUAUUGCACUCAUGCACAAGGCAUCUUUAUUUAAUAGGAUUUUGUAUGAUGAUGUUUUAAGAAUGUAUGAAAAUACUGCUUUGUGUUUUACGACCCUGUCCCGAACGGAGAAGAUUAGAUUCUGACAACAUGUUUGCUUCAGCAAUCAAACCAACAACUCUGAACCAAAUCACGUUUUUUGUUUGUUAAGUUUUGUGUACAACUGGCCGAUGACUCGCAAUGCUUCCAGCCCUUAUAGUUUAACUGUAUCAUGUUUUAAAAAAAGAGACAGCUUUGAUGCACUGGCCAAUAAUUGUUGAAAGGUUGAUUCAUUUAUAUUUGGCUGCAUUUGAACUAUCACGCUCUGGAUCUAAGCAUGCAGGUCCGCUUCUCUUCUGCUGUCUGCUGCCCCUCUCUCCUGCCUUACCGCUUGCUAAUGACAAUAGCGUCCCCCCCCUCGACCCCCCCUGAAGUGCUGCUUGUAAAGUAUUGUCAUUCAUGAACCUCGUAAGGACUAACUGGAAACCUUCCUCUCGGCUCUGUCUUGUAUAUAAAAGGAGAUUUUCUGUGUUGGGUCUCAUCACACAGAUGAUAUUAACUCUCUUCCUCUAUCCUAAAAUGAAAACGAAUAACUGGCCUGCUGCUUUGUCAAGGGUCACCCCAGAGUAAAGAGUGCUGAUCAGGGAUCAGUUUUGCACAUUUCAGCUCAGUGUCGGUGAGGUGGCCAUGGUGGACCGGGUAGAAUCUACCCGGUAGAUGAUCCCAGGUCUGCCACUCUUGCUCUGAGCUGCUUGACAGAAGCAGGAACAGGUCUAAGCCUGUGAUGAAGUCCUAAUCUCAGUGCUCACGUUUAUCUUUUGAGUGUUCUGGAGUUCUUUAUCAUGUCUGUGGACACGUAACAACAAUUGUCAAGAAAAAAUUAAGGCGAAUAAAUAAAUGAGUGUUGAAAAUUAUGCAACA